AUGUUACCACCACUGCUCCUCCUAGUUUCUGUUGUUCUCCUAGCUCUGAUUCAAGCAGUGUACACGAGAUCCAAGAGACAAAAGCUUCCCGAAGGAGUUCGUCCUCUUCCUGGGCCAAAAGGCCUUCCUUUCAUCGGCCGUGUUCACGAUGUGCCGCCAGAAGCAACAUGGCUUAAAUUCUAUGAGUGGUCCAAGACGUACGGGCCUAUCUACGAGAUGAAGAUCUUCGGCACCUCCCAUGUCUGGAUCUCAGAUGAGAAGAUAGCCCACGACCUCUUGGCCAAGCGGAACGCGGUGUACUCUGAUCGUCCGGUCAUCCCUAAUCUUCCAGACAACCGCACAAGUGGUGACUACCUUGCGCUGCUGGGGAGGACAGAGACAUGGAAGCGACAGCGCAAGCUCUGCCACCACCUCAUGACCACCAGCGCCCAGGAAUCACUCCACGGGUACCCCACACAGGAGCGGGACAGGUUCUUGUAUCUCAUGUCACAGGACAGCGACAACUACAUCGAGUGGAUCGAGCAGUUCACCAGCCGGACCGUCUCGCGCCUUGGCUGGGGCAGCCCGCACCCUGCGAAGGUCCUGCGGAAGACGACAUUCGGGCUGCUCGAGACCAUAUCGCCGUCUGGCGCCCUGCCGAACGUUAUCAGCUGGCUUGCCCACGUUCCUGCCUUCAUGAGCCCGUGGAAGAAGAAGGAGCGCGCGAGGCACGAGCUGGAAGAGCGGCUGUUCAAGAUGAACGUCGGCUUUGUGGAGAAGGGGAGGGCAGCCGGGGAUGCCAAACCUAGCUUUACGAAGACGUUCCUGGAUGAUCAAGAGAAGAUGGCCAAGGGCCCGGAUGAGAAAGACUGGAUGAAGUCAACGGCUACUGACAAGGGCGAGGCGAUGUACACGGUUGGCUUGAUGGCUAUCGCCGGUGCGCUCACAAUCGGCAGCCCUGUGCAGAGCUAUCUGCUGGCCAUGUGUCAUCACCCUGAAUGGCAGGCACAAUUGCAACAGGAGAUUGACUCGGUCUGUGAGGGGCGGUGCCCCCAGUGGGAGGAUCGUGAGAAGCUUCCUCUGCUCAGAGCUGUGGUGAAAGAGGUCAUCCGGUGGCGGCCACCGGUCCCGACAGGAAUCCCUCAUGCCACCGAGAAAGAUGAUGUUUACAACGGUUACUUCAUCCCAGCUGGAGCGACUAUCCAUGCUCUGGAAUGGGGCAUCACCCGGGACGAAAGCAUGUACCCAGAGCCAGAGGUCUUCAACCCAGGCCGCUGGCUCUCCAAGGAAUACCCAACCUAUCGCGAACCGCUCACCCAGCACCCCAACCUGAACGGCUUCUCGCAGUUUGGCUUCGGCCGGCGAACCUGCCAGGGCAUACCCAUCGUCGAACAGGACCUCUUCCUGACCAUGGGCGGCAUGGCGUGGGCCUUUGACAUCCGGAAGCGGCGCGAUCCCAAGACGGGCAAGGAGAUCCCCGUCCACUGGAACAGCUUCACGCCGCUCCUGAUCGCGAAGCCCGUCAAGUUCGCUUUUGAAGCCGUGCCGCGGGGCGGCGAGUCCAAGCUGGAGACGCUGAGGGCGAUGUGGGAGGCGGCCAAGGAGGAGGAUGAGGAGCUCGUGCUGAAAGACGACGGGAGCCUGGAGCAUGUGAUCAGGAAGUCCCCAGGGGCGCUUGACGGGAAGGAAAUUGGGAUAGAGGAGUCGAAUGACACGAGCGAUAGCGACCACGACGUUCUCAUCAACGUGCGUGAGUCCUCGUCGGAGGCCAGUGAGGCGAACAAUUGA